CAGUUUUCAAAUGUCAUCAAAUCAGCUGUGUAUCACACACUGGGAACAUGUAACGUAAAUAACAAAUGUGCGUAUUUAAAUUUUAAGUGUGAAAAUGUCCACUGAGACAAUUGAUAAAAAGACUGCUCAAUGUUUAUGAUAAAUUUGGUCGGUGAUAGAACAUGGCGCGCCGGAGGAGCAGCGGGAUCACGAGCUUGGGUUUUAACCAGGACCAAGGCUGCUUCACUUGCUGCUUAACAUCAGGCCUGCGAGUCUACAAUGUGGAUCCGCUGGUUGAGAAGGCGCAUUACAGCAAAGAGGAGCUGGGAGAAGUGACGCUAUGUGAGAUGGUGUUCCGCUCCAACUGGUUGCUGGUUGUGCGUGCGAGGCGGCCAUGCAGUGUGAUGCUGUUAGACGACCAGCAGCGCGCCUUCCGCGCAGAGGUGCUGUUCAAGUCGCCGAUACGAGCGCUGAGGGCACGGAAAGACAAAGUAGCAGUAGUGCUGACGUCGUCGAUACAAGUGCUGUCACUGCCGUCGUUGGCGCGCGUGGCCUUGUUGCGUACGCCGGCUACUGCGCGGCCGCUGUGUGCGCUCGCGACCGACCCCAACGCGCUGCAGCUGCUAGCGGCGCCUGCGCAUCGCAAAGGCUCCCUACAGCUGCUGGACGUGUCCCGGGCAGUGAAGGGUGCCGCGUCCAGUUCCCCUGCGGUGGUGGGCUGCCACCAGACUGACCUGGUCUGCAUCAGCCUGUCCGCGAACGGUGCUAAGCUGGCCACCGCCUCGGAGCGCGGCACCAUCAUCCGCCUGUGGGACACCACCACCAAACACAUGCUGCAUGAGCUCAGACGAGGAUCCGACUACGCGGAUGUUUAUUGUAUAAAGUUCAACUGGUCAGGCUCGCUGGUGUGCUGCGUGUCGGACAAGGGCACGCUGCACGUGUGGCUCGCGCGCGGCAGCUACGCGCACGUGUGCGCCGCGCCCGCUGCGCCGCCGCUGCGCGCGCUGUGCGCCUUCAGCGACGACGCCAGCGCCGUCGUUAUAUGUGAAGACGGAACAUUUCACAAAUUCACAUUUUCUGCCGAAGGGAACUGCCAUCGUAGCGAUUUUGAAUACUUCUUACAGGUAGGCGACGAUGACGAAUUUUUGCAUUGAAUUGUUAUAAAAUUAAAUUUAAUAGAUAUUCGAGAGAUAGAUCAUAAUUGUGUAAACAGGUUUAAGAACUGAAUUUAAAAGUGAUAAUACUAUGUAAUUUAUAUAUUAAGAGCAUCCAAGAGUAUGGUGUAUUUUUGCUAUAUUAUUCGCUGACAUUACUGUUUUAUGAAUGAUAUUUUAAGGGCAAUAUAAGUAUUUAUGUCAAUUUGUAUAUAUGUAAUUUUUUUUAAUUGUCACUUCCACAUGGGUGUGUUUAUAAAGUAGUUUCUAUUAAGGGAAAAACGUAAUCCUGCACUGAAAUGUAUUCAUUCAUAGACAAUAUACAGGCACAAUGUGCAUGUUUGCUAUUACAUAUUUCAUAUUCAAGUCAAAAUACAAAAUAAAUCGGACACUUUUGAUCUUGUGUGUUAUCUAUUCAUGAAUGCAAUACGUGAUUUUCAUUUACUUUUCAGUGCAAAAUCACUUAUUUUGUGUCAUGGACAAUUAAUUAGCAAACACUGAACGUAACGUCGCUCCUGACGUCGCUAACCCAUCCUCCAUUAUGUCAAGUUGAUAUUAUAGAGGAUGAAAAAUAAUAAAAAAUUCAAAAAAAGUUUCUAGGAGCAUCUCGAGGGGGUUAGCUGCAUACAUUUGAAAAUAUGUAUGUAUAUACAAUAUUUAAAUAUAAAAUAUUUAUAUUACCCUUGAAAAAUAAGGUCUAAAAGUAAAUUUAAAAGUAGAUAAUAUAAUCAAAUGUUGGCUUUGUAACCAAAUGAUAUAAAAUUUUUAGGCGCUAGUUUAGUACACAAUUCAGAAAUACAUUAAUGGUGUCCUUUUUCAACCAGAAUGUUGUAAUAAGGACAGCAUUACUUUUAAAACUGACAAUUUUUGUUUGAUCUCUUCAUUGUCUAUGGGCGUUAAUUCAGUAAUAGAUUGACCAGAAUAAAGCCCUGGAUGGGGGCGCCACAAAUCCUUUUAGCAGUCUGUGGUUAGUAUACAAAUAAAAGAAAUUAUAGUGCCACAAACUUUGUUAAGGAGUUUGGCGGGAAAAUCGUUGGAAUCACAUAAAGCUCUUGUUUAUUUUUUAUAGAUUUAAUGCAUUAUUUUGACGGCCUCCGUGGCGCAGUCGGGUCGGGUUCGAACCCCGGCUGGGCCGAUUGAGGUUUUCUAAAUUGGUUUGGCUGGUGGCAGGCUUCAGCCGUGACUAGUUACUACCCUACCGGUCAAGACGUAAAAAGUUACCACCCUACCCCUAAACGAUUUAGCGUUUUUCAAAUUCUGAACUGUAGAAAAAAAAUACAAUAAUUUCUGGUCUGUCAAUUUAAUUGAGUUUUACCUGAAUCUAUCUUGUAUAUGUUUAAGGUAUUAUAUCGAAUUGUGACUUUAUUUUAUUGAUAAUGAAAUAUGCCUAUGCAAUGGUUGCCAAUGUAAGUCUGGCAUACUUAUGUGUAUAACUAACUCUGUACCUCAGAAUUAUGAAGUAACUCAUAUAUUUUAUAUAUUUCUACCUACCUUCUAUUUAUUUAUUUUAUAUAUUUCUCACCUCAUAUCUUGAUGGCUGGAGGUGUUAAUAAUUUUACCUAACCUAUAAUUUAUAUAUUUAUAUAUCUAUUUGCAGAAGGUCAAAAUAAAUGUUUAAAUUGUAUGUUACCCUAAAUAACCUUAUUGUAUAGACAAAGUGCAAAAGAAUCAGGCGGAAUGACUUAUUUCAUAAUUUCAUAAUAUAAUAUAAAACAAUUGAGUGUAUGUCUGAGGUACAGAAAUAUUUUUAUUAUAUUUGAGCAACGAAAAUGCAUUGUAUAACCUUAAUAACUAAAAAAAAAUGUUAUUUAAAAUUAAAAGUGCAAAUUUGUACAUUUUUAGUAUCUGAGGGCAAAUACUCCUGGAAUACAAAACAAGUUUUAGAAAUACAAAUUUUCUAUAAGUUUAUAAUUUUAGUAAUUCAGAAUAGGUUUGAUUAUUUCAGUAAUACUAAAUACAUUAAAUACAUGGAAUAUCAAUAAAUAUUUAAAAGAGGGCACUAAACUGCAUUUUUUAAAAUAAUGUAAUUUUUGGAUUAUUAAAAAGUAGCUUUUUUGUAUAUUUACGUAAAUUAUGUUCGUUAUUGUGUACAAAUUAUUUUAACGGUAAAUACCUACAUAUAAUUUUUAAAUAUCAAUACCAUUUAAAUGUUUUAAUGGAAGUAGGCAUUACUUUUCGAAAGUACAUAGUUACUAUUGCAAAAUAAAUCAACUAUUUAUUAUAAUAGUUAAUUUAUUUUGCUAAUGUAUUCUAUGUUCAAUUAUUAUCGAUUAAAAAUGGUCAGCGUCUAAACCAUAGGCCUUCGUUGCAAAAAGGAAGAAGUCAAGAUAAAAUACAACAAUUACAAUUGAAUAUUGUAGGAUCUACGUUUGGGAGUGAAACAAAAUGUCAUUCAUUGAGAAUAGCAAUAUAGAACAAUUGUUAAUUUAAAAUUUUCACAAAUCUGUGAAAAGUAUAUCAGUUUCAGUGAAAUUUUCACUUAGAACCAAUUUGAAUAAUUUUGAACUGUGCCUUUGUGAAAAAACCCUAAAUAUUAAAUCAUGGAAAAGUUAUUCUUUAAUAAAUAAUAAGGUAUUGCUUACUUUUUAUCACUACACCUUUUACGAGACACUUUCAUUCAAUUAAAUGUAGAAAAACUAUCACAGAGUGAUUAUAAUUGUUUAUUUUACAUAAAAUUAGUCGUAAACGCGCAAUGUAUAUAAUAAAUAAUAAUUAUUAGGUAUGAUAUAUAAUAUAUUAUAAUAUAUAUUUGUGUUGUCUCGUGUUCGCGAUAAAAAUAACUACUGUAAUAUUAAUAUACUUAAUCAAAAUAUUAUUUAAUGCUUUAUGAAUAUUCAAAUAAUUUUUAUGAAUCUGCAAUUUAUGAGCUGCAUAGUUAUAAUUAAUGUUGUUAUAAAUAAAAUCAUUUUGUAAUUUUAUUUUUUAUUGAAGGUGCGAUUUUUUUAGCUCAAUAUCUAAAUGUGUACCUUUUGCAUUUGCUCAGCUUUGGUUGUAUACAAAAUACGGUGCUAACUCGGUUAUGCAUAAAUCCUGGACUGAUUUGUCUAGGUCCAAGAAAGUGCUAUCUUUUCUCAAAGCUUCUCAUCCCUAUUAUGGAUAACAGCGGAACUGUCAAUUUUGUUCUGGAUUUGUUUAGAACCGAUUUUCGCCAUCCUAAGAUAUAAUAUUACAAAAAAAAAUUAACUACCUAUGUGGUUAUGAUUUAAGAUUCAAAAACAAAAUAUUGUCAUACGUCAUUUUUGUUUGUAUGGCCAUAAAUUUAAAAUCACAGCAAUUGCCAGUUGACAAAAUUUUUACAGGCAAACAGUAAUUUGAAUGCUUUUAAUCUCAUUGGACUAAUAGCUUAAAAAUGGAACAUUUUGUUCAUUUAUUAAUUGUCUUUGGAUAAAAUUUAAUUAAUAUAGUUUCGUGUAUAAGCAGUCAGUCUUCAUGAUAUAUUAUAAAAAAAUACAAUAUUUUUAUGUGUUAUGUUUUAAUAUUUUAGUUAAAUUUUGGAACUGAUUGAAUAAAGAGAGGAAUCAAGGUGUUGUUUAAUUAAUAUAUUAACCCCAUUUAAGCAAUUUUAAUUGUCUAUAUAACAAUGUAAAUAUAUGUAUUAGUGAUAUAGUUUUUAUACAUUGAAUGCUAGAAUGAUACGAGAAAAAUAUGUGGUUCAGCUUUUUUUUUAAUUAUGAGAAUGAUAGCAACACUAUUUGUAAAGAUAAUUAAAACAGAUUUAUAAUAACUGUCAUUUAUAUUUAAAAAAACGGUUUUUUUUUAUAAUGCUGUAUAAUGUUGAAUCUUUGCCUAAUUAAAAAAUUCAAAGUUAAAUUUAUCUUUGAUUCUAUUUACAACAUGUACGAGUACAAGUCAUAAUUUACUAAUACACACAUAAUUUUUAUUAUCUGUACGACUAUAGUGUAUCUAAGAUUCCAUUUUUAGAAUUGUAAUGUUUAGGAAAUUUGGCUACAAAGCACAUUCUGUAAAUAUGAAAGUUAAGUUUAUUUUUUUAUUAUAAAAAAAUUGUGACAAUGAUUGAUACUCCACUAAAUUUGUAUAAGUGUUAGUAACUGUGGAGAUGUACCUACCCAUUUAAGAUUUGCAAUUUUCACAAUAAAAAAAAUAUUUUUAAAUCUA